UACCAAGACACGAACAUGCAGGGAGUUGUGUAUGAACUCAACAGCUACAUAGAACAGCGGUUGGAUGCCGGAGGAGACAACCAGCUGCUCCUCUACGAGCUCAGUAGCAUCAUCAAAAUAGCCACAAAAGCUGAUGGAUUUGCACUGUAUUUCCUUGGAGAGUGCAAUAACAGCCUUUGUGUGUUCACACCACCUGGAAUAAGGGAUGGAAAACCGAGGCUCAUCCCCGCCGGGCCCAUCACCCAGGGCACCACCAUAUCUGCCUAUGUGGCCAAGUCCAGGAAAACACUGCUGGUAGAAGACAUCCUUGGGGAUGAACGAUUUCCAAGAGGUACUGGACUGGAGUCGGGGACGCGAAUCCAGUCUGUUCUUUGUUUGCCAAUCGUCACUGCAAUUGGAGAUCUGAUUGGUAUUCUUGAGCUGUAUAGGCACUGGGGCAAGGAAGCCUUCUGUCUCAGUCAUCAGGAGGUUGCAACAGCAAACCUAGCCUGGGCGUCAGUAGCAAUACACCAGGUGCAGGUAUGCAGAGGUCUUGCCAAACAGACUGAGUUGAACGACUUUCUCCUCGACGUAUCAAAAACAUAUUUUGAUAACAUAGUCGCAAUAGAUUCUCUACUUGAACACAUAAUGAUAUAUGCAAAAAACCUGGUGAACGCCGACCGUUGUGCCCUUUUCCAGGUAGACCAUAAGAACAAGGAGUUAUAUUCAGACCUUUUUGAUAUUGGCGAGGAAAAGGAAGGAAAACCCGUCUUCAAGAAGACCAAAGAAAUAAGAUUUUCGAUUGAGAAAGGAAUAGCCGGCCAAGUAGCAAGAACAGGGGAAGUCCUUAACAUCCCAGAUGCCUAUGCAGACCCACGCUUUAACCGAGAAGUAGACCUGUACACAGGCUACACCACCCGGAAUAUCCUGUGUAUGCCCAUCGUGAGCCGGGGGAGCGUGAUCGGUGUUGUCCAGAUGGUGAACAAAAUCAGUGGAAGUGCCUUCUCUAAAACGGAUGAGAACAACUUCAAAAUGUUUGCGGUCUUUUGUGCUUUAGCCUUGCACUGUGCUAAUAUGUAUCAUAGGAUCCGCCACUCAGAGUGCAUCUACCGGGUCACGAUGGAGAAGCUGUCCUAUCACAGCAUCUGCACUGCGGAAGAGUGGCAGGGCCUCAUGCGUUUCACCCUCCCCAUGAGGCUCUGCAAGGAAGUCGAACUAUUUCACUUUGACAUCGGUCCUUUUGAAAACAUGUGGCCUGGAAUUUUUGUCCAUAUGAUCCAUCGGUCCUGUGGGAUAGCCUGCUUCGACCUUGAGAAGUUGUGUCGCUUUAUCAUGUCUGUUAAGAAAAACUACCGGCGUGUUCCGUACCACAACUGGAAGCAUGCCGUCACCGUAGCCCACUGCAUGUAUGCCAUCCUUCAGAACAACACAGGGCUCUUCACAGACCUGGAGCGCAAAGGGCUGCUGAUAGCAUGUCUGUGCCACGACCUGGACCACAGGGGCUUCAGUAACAGCUACCUGCAGAAGUUCGAUCAUCCGCUGGCAGCACUGUACUCCACCUCCACCAUGGAGCAGCACCACUUCUCCCAGACGGUGUCCAUCCUCCAGUUGGAAGGGCACAAUAUCUUCUCCACCCUGAGCUCCAGCGAAUACGAACAGGUGCUUGAGAUCAUCCGCAAAGCCAUCAUCGCUACAGACCUUGCGUUAUACUUUGGGAACAGGAAACAGUUGGAAGAGAUGUACCAGUCUGGAUCGCUAAACCUUAAUAACCAAUCGCAUAGAGACCGCGUAAUUGGCUUGAUGAUGACCGCCUGUGAUCUUUGUUCUGUGACAAAACUGUGGCCAGUGACAAAACUGACAGCGAAUGACAUAUACGCAGAAUUUUGGGCUGAGGGUGAUGAAAUGAAGAAACUGGGCAUACAGCCUAUUCCCAUGAUGGACAGAGACAAAAGAGAUGAAGUCCCACAAGGCCAACUUGGAUUCUACAAUGCUGUGGCCAUCCCCUGCUACACCACUCUGUACCAGAUCCUCCCGCCCACGGAGCCACUCCUUAAAGCCUGCAGGGACAAUCUCAGUCAGUGGGAGAAAGUCAUCCGAGGAGAGGAGAGCCCCAUAUGGAUCGUGUCACAGCCGGUGGCCCCCGAGCACGCCACCGAGAAGCUCGUGGCCCCUGAGGACUGAUGGCGGAUGGCCGUGAUGAGCGGUUUCACCCAGCAGCCCUCAUCUUGCUUCUUUUACUUUUUUUUUCCUUUUAUUUCCGUGGGGGAGAAAACCUACAUCUGGUAACUGGGAGGCACAUGUACUCAAGAAGGUAACACCAAGUAAAUGUCUCACCCAGAUGACCUCGGCCGCCUCUCCUGGAGUGAACUCUGCACCAUCAACACCUGGCCACCCAUGUGCUCCGGAAACGGCUGGCCGUGCUAGCUCCGUGUGACCUGUGAACCGGCCUUUUCUAACAGGCUGCUAUUGCUGAGGCCUUAACGGAAACGGACAAUGAUUGUUCGGAAGGGGGUACUUUUCCACUGUGUCUUUCUAGUGAGGAUUUAAAAUGGUACUAUUAUGAUAUUAUACUUUGGCUGUAACACCAAUGUUGCUUCGGUGUUGUUGGUUAUAA